AUGAUUGUGAUACUCAUUUGCACGAUAAUCUCGUUCAGUAGCGCUUAUGAUGUUACAAUAUUGCAUACAAAUGAUAUCCACACUCGAUUUGAACAAUUUGGACCAAAUGGUGCUUGUUCAGCGCAAGAUUCAUCAGCUGGUAAUUGCUAUGGCGGAUCUGCACGAAUGAUGACAAAAGUAACGGAGAUCAGAAGUCAGGUUGCUAACACCGUAUUUGUUGAUGCUGGCGAUAUGUUUCAUGGUACAAUGUGGUACCACGUAUACAAAGGCAAUGCCAGUCGCAAUUUUAUGAAUUUAUUAAAGUAUGACGUGAUGGCAUUAGGCAAUCAUGAAUUUGAUGCUGGUUUGGGAAAACUUAGCGAGUUUUUGAAAGGCGUUAAUUUUCCAGUUAUAAGCGCAAAUAUUGAUGCCACUAAAAAUCCUGAUUUCGGUAAAUUAUUUACCAAGUAUACUAUAUUGACGAUGGGAGGUGAAAAGAUUGGAUUUGUAGGUUAUACAACAAGAAAUACUCCCAAUUUUUCCAGACCUGGACCUACCUUGAUAUUUACCGAUGAAAUAAAAGCUAUUACUGAUGCCGUUUCUGAGUUACAAAAUCAAGGAAUCAAUAAAAUUGUUGCCGUUGGCCAUUCUGGUUACGAUAUUGACCAGCAAAUAGCUGCUAAAGUAUGCGGCAUCGAUGCCGUUGUUGGAGCUCAUACUCACACCUUUUUGUAUACUGGCAAGCCACCAACUAAUCAUAAGCCCGCUGGUCCCUAUCCAACCGUUGUUAAGUCAGAAUGUGCUACAGAAAGUAAUAAAAUAGUUCCAGUAGUACAAGCUUAUGAAUUCGGUCGAUAUCUUGGCCGGUUAGAAUUGACAUUUGAUGAUGGUGGUGUCCUGACAAGCUUUAAUGGUAAACCAAUAUUGUUAGACAAGAGCGUUGUACAAGAUACAGCCUUGGAACAAGAGGUAAAACGAUGGCAGCCUGGAAUCAGCGCAUUUGCGGCGCAGGAAUUGGGAAGAUCUCAUGUCUAUAUUGAUGGUAGCAGAGCUACGUGUGGUUUAUACGAAUGCAAUAUGGGUAAUUUACUCACUGAUGCUAUGGUGCAAGAGAUUCAAAGAUUUCCCGAUAGCUCCCAAUGGGCCAACGCAUCGAUUGCAAUCCUACAGGCCGGUGAUAUUCUAGCAUCUAUCGAUAACAAGCCUCCAGGCAUUAUUACUAUUUCCAAUAUGCACGCUAUUACUAAAUAUGAUAACGUUAUCGAUGAGUUAACCAUGCCAGGCUCGAUAUUGAUAAAGGCAUUAGAACUUGGUGUAGCCAAUUAUAACAAAUCGAAGCCAUCAAGCCUAUUCCUUCAAGUUUCAGGACUUAGGGUGGUAUACAAUCUAGCUAAACCUUCCAAUGAAAGAGUCCAUUCAGUAGAAGUGAUUUGUACUCAGUGUAAAGUGCCAAGAUUUGUUCCAAUGGACAAGAAUAAAAUGUAUAAAGUACUAGCUCCGUCUUAUAUCGGCAGAGGAUUUGGAGGUUUUAGUGUAUUUCGAGACAAACAGGUGAUUCACAGAGAAGGAACUCUUUUGACACGAGAUGCCUCCAUUGCUUAUAUACAAGCUAGAAGUCCUCUAAUCACUCGCCUUGACGGUAGAAUAUCGUUUUUAAAAGCCAGCAAUACAUCUCCGUGUACAAAUAAUGCUAGCGGUAUUAAACCUAUGCUAAUACUAUUAUUCGUUAUGUCUGCUUUAAUUCAGUGCGUUAUUUACCGUUAA